UCUUACAAACAUGCAUAUGAAACUGAAGUUACUCAGCACUCCACUCCACUCCACUUCGCUAUUUGCCACUCUUUUUACCUUUGACGCUCUUUUACGUUCUCUCUUCCUCGCUAGCAAUAUCGGUGAUUCAACCCAAGCAAUCGAUCAACCCAACAAACGAAUGCAAUGCUCUUUUCUCAAACCUUAUAUUUCAUUCAAUUAUAAUUUUUACCAAUUUCAAAACUUCGGCUUCACAUCCAACUUGCUUUGCCAUUUGCCGUUUUGGAUAUCGUUGUUGUCACCGAUAUUUGUUUAAGUUUGAGCUUUAACGCUAAUCCCCGUCCACAUAUCACUUCUACGCGCUGGAAGUUCGCACUCUCUAGCGAGCCAAUCAAGCGACUCUUCAGUCAGUUUCUAGACGUUCGUGCAAUGAGUACGUACAUGCGGUUAGUCUUCGUAUAAAUAAUCGUAAAAGAAUCAACAAACAUUUACUUAUCACAUUCCAAGUGGCAAAAAAUUAAUAAAAAAAUGGAAAAGUUGAGCGAAAAGAACGUAAAAACUUUUUGUGGUUUUUGUGAUAAAUUUUAAAAUAUUAUAUAAGUCGGGGCUAUACAGCUGUAUUUGACAACAACAGUAACUAAUUCAGCCAGUUCGGCGCGCAAGCUGGCAAGAUAUACCAAAAAUACAAAAACAAAAGUUAAAUAAUAAAAAAAUUAGCUCAAGGGUUAACCAGUUUCAAUGUGUUAAGAAGCUUAUUUAAAAACGUAUUAGAUGUGUUAGUAAAAACAAAAAAUAAAAAAAUAAAGGAAAUUGUCACAAUAUGUCAGAUGCUCUAAACAAUAACGACCUGUCCCGUGUUGGUGAUUGUACGAAAAAUUAUGAUAAAUGCAUUGCCACAGAUUCUUCUAAUAAGGAGACACAACAAAACAACAACGAUUGUGAAUUAAAUAAAAAGUACACAACAAGUAUUAGUACGAAUAGUAAUGAUGAACUCAUCGAGGAGGGAUUCGACUAUUGCGAAGCCGACCUGUUAGACGAGUUAAACGCUAGCGACGGCGACGCCGACGACGAUGACGGCGGCAUAGCAAACGACGACGUUGACGACAAUGUCGAAAGAAAUGCGAACAUUCAAAAAUAUAACACUCAUCAUCUUCCCAACACACAAGUUGCGGACAAGAAGGGUGAAGUUGGAGAACGUGCAAAUAUUACCGGUACAUUUUCUCUUAAUGACCAAAUAAGCGACACACAUGCUCAUGACAUUAACACAAGAUCGUCGAAUGUUGCGAGCGUCGUCGACAGUGAUUGUGUGCCAAUUGUGAGCACUGAUAAUGCGCCAACCAAUGCAAGUGAUAAGCAAAAACUUACACCGACUAACUUAGUGUUGAGUGCCGACAACGACGAUCCAACUGCGCGAGUAGAUGGCGUUGAUUCAUACUGUCCCAUAACACCACGCCGUAUUGUUGAUGUUGAAGCAGAGCCUAAUCCAUUGUUAAAAUGUAGUUCCACAGCACGCAUAGAAAGCAAUAAUGAAAAUGUUGUUGAUGAUGCCGCAGUUGUUGGCAAUAACAAUGAUCAUGGUGAUGAAGGUUAUUAUUAUUCUGAUGAGCCCGAAGAUGAAUUAAUUGUACAGUUCCUGGGAGAAGCCAAUCGUAUUGCCGAGGCCCGUUUGGCUGCUCGCCGACAAGCGCGCGCUGAAGCACGUGAAAUACGAAUGCGAGAGUUGGAACGCCAACAAAAGGAGCAAGAGCAAAAUGCAGAUCGUGUUUUUGACAUGCACACCUCGAGCGGCAUCGACCCGUUAUCGCGGUCACGGCUCGCAACCGGCGUCGGCAGCUCACCACUGGGCGCAGUGCUCAACAGCACACGAGCCAACUCAAUGUCAUCACGACGCAGCAGUGAAGAUUCACUGGAAGAAGAAGGGCGCAGUCUGCGCGAUAUACGACAUGAGCUCAAGGACGUCGAGGAGAGAUUUCGUAAGGCCAUGAUAGCCAAUGCACAGUUGGAUAACGAACGAGCUUCGCAAACGUAUCAAAUACAACUGUUGAAGGAUAAACUAGAAGAGGUGGAGGAAUCUUAUGCCCAGCUACAACGUGAAUUUAAGGAUAAGUCACGUGAUUGCAAUGCGCUAAAAAGGAAUCUGGAUAAAUUAAGUGAAGAACUUAAAUUGGUGCAAGGUCAACUAACUGAACGGGAUAAACUAAUCGCCGAUCAGGGCUUAGUUAUUGUGGCCGUAGAGAAUGAAGAGGGUACCGAUGCAAAACGUGCUCUAGUCAGUGUGGAAAAUGCUCAGCUGUUAGGUUCAGUGCAAGGCUCAUUAGAUGUGCGACUGAAAAAGUUCAGCGAGGAGAAACAACAACUUUUAGCAGAAGUGCAAAAGCUGCAGGAGACAUUAGAAAAUUACAAGAGCCAAGGCAAGGGGCGUUCCAAUUCGCUUAACGGACCAUCAGGUUCUGACGAGGACUAUGAAGCGCAAAGAGAGGCGAAUAAAAUAAUAUCGGACUACAAGUAUAAACUGCAAAAGGCUGAACAAGAAAUCGCCAGUUUACAAGCGAGCUUGGCACGUUCAGAAACGCAAGUUAUACGUUAUAAAAGCACAGCGGAAGCGGCAGAAAAGGCUGAAGCUGAACUCAAAAUCGAACGGAGAAAGCUACAAAGAGAAAAUCGCGAGGCCAUGGAACGUAUGGAGGAAUUGGAAACUUCAAAUAAUCACCUGCUGAAGCGCCUAGACAAACUAAAGAAUGCUAAAAGCGCAUUGCUUAAGGAUCUCUGACCGAAAUCAAUACAUGCCACAACGACCAGAAACACUUACAGCAUAGAUAAAUGCAAACAUAAUGGCGAAACUUGCGAAAUUUGUGAACCAUAAACCAGCUUACAUACAUUGACUUAGUGACGUCAUUAUACAAACAUACGAACACAGACACCUUAUUCAGCAGCUAAAAUUAACCAUGUGUCGGGGAAUGUGUGCUUAAAUCGAAAAUGCGUAAAUGAGAGUGUUAAUGACACGUGCGAUUUGAACCAAAUCGUUGAUUGUCACUUAGCAUUGCAACAUGGAUAGUCAGAAAAUUUAAAAACAAUUACAUACUUACAUAUGUCGCCUAAAAGUAACAGCAUAAUCAAUUUAAUAUUUAUUAACAUACAUAAAUAGAAGUUAAGUGCAUAAAGCAUACAAUAUUUACCCCGUAGUAUGUAAGUAUGUAUGUAUGUACAUUUACAUACAUAUUUAUUAGGAGCAUACUGUCAGUAGUUAAUAACAAGGCAAAAUGUAAAAAGUUCUUAAGUUUGCUAAAAUAUAAUACUAACUAAUAUUGAAUAUCACAAUUUAAAACAAAAUAAUAUAAAACACAACAACAUUGUAUGCCAUUAUGACAACAACAAAAACAUGACAACUGAACUAAUACAAAUAAAUUGCCUGCGCAUAGAUAUUCUAAAUCGAUGGACUUACGCAUAAAUGUGCAUAAAGACGUAUAUAAAUACACAUACGAGAAUUAUACGGGCAUAAAUUAUGUUGCUUAAAAUUUCAAAAUUUACACGGAAAAGGAAAAAAUAUCAAACUGAAAUACACAAUCGGUUUAACUAUAAAGGCGUAUAAAUGCAUAUUUCUGUACAAAUGCAUUGUAAAUGUGCCGGGGGGACGCAUAAACAACUUAUUUAAAUUUUUUAAUGUGUUUUAGAAAUUAUAUUUUAUUUUGUUUUACCAUUAUGAAUAACCAUAUCUGUGGACUUAGAUACCUACUUCGACCACUUUAGUCAUUUUGAGAUAUAAUUUAAAUUCAACUCAAACAAGCAAGCAGAAAUUAAUUAGCCACAACAAAUAUUGUUAUGGUUUUCUUAAAAGGAACUUAAGUGAAAUAUUUGUUUCUGUGAUUAAAAAAAUAACCACAAGAUUUUUCGAAUGAAACCUUUUUAUUAUUGUUUUUAUAUAAUUUAAUUAAAAGCAGUUAACUAUUUGGUUUUAAAAAACUUUUCGCAAAGUAUAUAUAAAAAAUUAACGUUAAUAGGCUGGUGGUCAUUAUUGUUCGCAAAUUCGAUUAGUAGUACACGAGUUUUGCACAUCUGUAUACAUGCUCUUCAUGUAUUUGCAUUUGUAUAAUAAUUAAAAUAAUAUAAUAUGUUUUCAUUAACAACGUUAAAGCCAUGAUCAGUAAAUUUAAUACACGCUUUGUUUACUAAUAAUUUUCGUUAACUUUUAGUUAAGUAUGAUUCUUAAUUGCGAAAUUCAGUUGUGUCUUCAACUACAUACAUAUUUAUUUUUAUCAGUUAAAGUUGUCUGUUGACAACAAAAAAUAAUUCAAAAAUUUGUGAAAAAAAUUAAGACUAAAAAUAUAAAAUUUAGAGUACUUAAAUUUCGUAUAUUACAAAAGUGAAAUAAUACUAGUAUAAUUAGUUUUUGAGAAGUCGUUUCAAAAUAAAAGUAAAAAAAAAAAAUAAAUAAUAAAAUGUUAAAAAACAUCUUGCCAAGCGUAAAUAUUUACAUAGACACGACAUCAGACACAUAAGAGCCCGGCUACUCCAUUUACUUUUAUUACAAAUACACUGCACAUUGUUAAUAAAUUGAUAUUGAUUAUGCUUCGUCCACAUUUAAAGAGAUGUGCAUAAAGGCAUAAAGAGAUUAAUUAAUAUGGUUCUACGUAAUUUAAUUGGAAAUUUGUAAAAAAAAAGUUACUAAAAUAUUAUUUAAUUAAAAAAUAAACUAAUUUUAAUACACAUCUUCAAAAUCAUUGUUAAUUUAUUUUCAAAUAGCGUUUUGUAGGUAAGUAUUUUUAUUAAUGUGCAACUAUGCUACAAAUUUCUAAUAACGUACUUAAUCACCAAGGAUUUUACUUUGCUGUAACAACAUAGUAGUAAAAACGCUCGAAAUUAUAAAUUCAAACGAUGUCUUACUACUCCGGAUUUCCGCACACCACAUACCAAGCCCUCACGUGGCUAACGUGGCUUCCGCAUGUGAUCUACAUUACUAACGCCAUAAAUACCCGAUAGAACUAUUAUAGCAUCGCUUAACUUGUCGACAGGACUAAAAAUCAAGCAUAGUGGAAUUUCAAAUUGGAAUUCACAAACUUUAAGGAAAUGUCAAAUUGAACUUUCUUCCUUAACGAUACUUAUUUCUUUUAUCAUCCUAAAGGGUGGAAUAAAAGUCAUUUUACAGUGGGUGGUAGUGCGGAGAAAUUACGUAAUGUAGGGGCAGCCAAUGAGAAUUCAGAGAAACGGUGUCAUUCAGCGAAGGAUAAUGCGAGUACUGUGGUACCUACCACCAUUCUUCAUCUAUAGCCGAAAGAAAAGUAACACUAUUUGACUUCCCUGCAGCCAAGAUUAAUAGUCAAUUCCUUAAAGUCAAUAAAUAAAUUAUUUAUUUAUAAUUUAAUAUAUAAAAAUGUAUCUAAAGCUUUCCUAUAAUUUUAAAAGAACUGAUGGAAUUGGUCACAUUGUUUGACUUGGCAAAAGAUUUUCUCCACCUUAUUUUUUGUUCUUAUUUUAAUAUUUCGAUUAAUAUAUAGCAAAAACAUUGUGGAGGUUUCUUAUAUCAAACGAAUAGAUUGCUCAAAAUGGAAGAAGCUGAAAUGUAUGUAUCUAUUUUUCUUUAAUUUUUUUUUUGUAAUACGUAUUAGAUUUAUAAAAUUGUAAAAACGAAAAAUAUAAAAAUACAAAAGUAACAGAUGGUUAAUUAUCUAUGUAAAUGCAAUUUUAUAUAAUUAUAGAUAUUAUUAUUAUAUUUAGAAAGAUUAAUUAAAAGCAAAUAAACAUAUUUUAUUAAACAUCGUAUUUAAAUGCAAGUUUAGACAUUUACAGAUUCAAAUACAAAUUAAAAAAUGAAUUGUUUUAGAAGGUGGCUAUCGGCUUUGAUUUUUACGUAGCUGGCAAUACUUUAAAAGCUUACGCAGAAAACAUUUCAACUAGCUGUCCUGCUCCAACAAACGUAAAGUUUUAAUGGGUUGGAAAAUACCAGCGCAGCAAUUUGCAAAACUUGGUGGAUGAAUUCGAAUGCCCUUCAAGUGACAUUGGGGAUAGCCGGUAUGCUAUUUCUCUGGCAUUGCUUUGCAACGGGUGAAUUACAGUUCUCAGUUGUUUCUCUGCUGGUGAAUUGAACGGUAGUUCUUUUCAUAACUUAUCCAAUUGAAGUCAAUAAGCCAAGUGAAAAAAAGUGAAGAUGUCCAAAAUCGGUAUUAACGGAUUCGGUCGCAUCGGUCGUCUGGUACUACGUGCCGCUGUCGAGAAAGGUGCCCAAGUUGUUGCCGUCAACGAUCCCU